AUGGCCGAGGGCGGUGGGGGCGCGCGGAAGAGGGCGCCGGCGCUGCUCGAGGCGGCCCGCGCGCGCUACGAGAGCCUGCAUAUCUCGGACGACGUGUUUGGCGAGUCGGGCCCGGAUAGCGGCGGUAACCCCUUCUACAGCACGUCGGCCGCCUCCCACUCCUCCUCGGCCGCCUCCUCGGACGACGAACCCGAGCGCCCCGGCCCCGCCGCCCCGCCGCCGGGCGCCCCGAACGCGCAGGACCUGGAGGAGGACGAGGCUGGCGCGGGCUGGAGCGCCACGCUGCGGGACCGCCCGCCCCCGCGCUUCGAGGAUACCGGCGGUCCCACCCGGAAGAUGCCCCCCAGCGCCAGCGCCAUGGACUUCUUCCAGCUCUUCGUCCCCGACAACGUCCUCAAGAACAUGGUGGUGCAGACCAACAUGUACGCCCGCAAGUUCCAGGAGCGGUUCGGGAGUGACGGGGCCUGGGUGGACGUGACGCUGCCGGAGAUGAAGGCCUUCCUGGGCUACGUCAUCUCCACCAGCACCUCGCACUGCGAGUCGGUCCUGAGCAUCUGGAGUGGCGGCUUCUACAGCAACCGCAGCCUGGCGCUGGUCAUGAGCCAGGCCCGCUUCGAGAAGAUCCUCAAGUACUUCCACGUCGUGGCCUUCCGCUCCAGCCAGACCACGCACGGCCUCUACAAGGUCCAGCCCUUCCUGGACUCCCUGCAGACCAGCUUCGACUCUGCCUUCAGGCCUUCCCAAACCCAGGUGCUACACGAACCCCUGAUUGACGAGGACCCUGUGUUCAUUGCCACAUGCACGGAGCGUGAACUUCGGAAGAGGAAAAAGCGGAAAUUCAGCCUCUGGGUCAGGCAGUGCUCGUCCACCGGCUUCAUCAUCCAGAUUUACGUCCACCUGAAGGAAGGCAGCGGCCCUGAUGGGCUCGAUGCGCUGAAGAAUAAGCCACAGCUGCACGGCAUGGUGGCCAAGAACCUGUGCCGGAACGCAGCGGGGAAAAACUAUAUCAUCUUCACUGGGCCCAGCAUCACCAGCCUGACCCUGUUCGAAGAGUUUGAAAAGCAAGAGAUCUACUGCUGCGGCCUCCUCAGCUCCAGGAAGAGUGACUGCACCGGCCUGCCGCCUUCCAUGCUGAGCAACCCGGCUACGCCGCCAGCCCGGGGCCAGCACCAGAUCAGGAUGAAGGGGAGCAUGUCUCUGAUCUGCUGGUACAACAAGGGGCACUUCCGCUUCCUGACCAAUGCCUACUCGCCCAUGCAGCAAGGAGUGAUCAUCAAGAGGAGGAGUGGGGAGAUCCCCUGCCCCCUGGCCGUGGAGGCGUUUGCCGCCCAUCUCAGCUACAUCUGCAAGUACGAUGACAAGUACAGCAAGUAUUUCAUCUCCCAUAAACCAAACAAGACCUGGCAGCAGGUGUUCUGGUUUGCCAUCAGCAUCGCCAUCAACAAUGCGUACAUCCUGUACAAGAUGUCAGAUGCCUACCACGUGAAGAGGUACAGCCGGGCGCAGUUCGGUGAAAGACUCGUCCGAGAGUUGCUGGGGCUGGAAGAUGCCUCUCCAGCCCACUGAUGUCUGGGCGUGGUGGGGCUUAGGUAAGGACCAGGUCGAGGGAGGGGAGGGGGAGCCUGCUGUGCGACCCGCCAGCCAGAGACCGGAGAGCCCAGCAUGUGUCUGCGGCCCCGGGAGGAGCGCUCGGGCCUCUGGAGGGACCAGAACGGACCUGGUCAGAGGAUGCGCCAUCUGGGUUUCCACACCAUGAAGAGCACGUCCUCCCUCCAGAGAGCAGCCACCGCCUUGUGGUGAGCGCCACAUCCAGACCCUCCCAGCCGCUGGUGCAGGGCAUGCCGUCUUCACAACCCCCUCGGAGGCCGCAGGAGCGCUUGCUCAGCACAGGGGACCUGGGGAGGCCACUGCUGCCAAGGCUCCAGGGAGGGUAUGAGCUGGGCAUGUUCUGCUCUGUAGAGACAGAAAGAUGCUUGGGACAUAGUUCUGUGUCAUGCCGUGUUCCACACGGCUGGGAUUGUUGAAGGGUGCGAGGAGCCCAGAGGGUUUUCCAGCUGAAAGCAGGGCUUGUAGAAGAGGAAACACAAGCUGGGGCCCUUAAGAAGCAGAAAUGGAACAGUGAGCUGAGGUCCCCAUACAGAAGCCAGACGUUUUUGCCCGUGUCCUGUGUGGCUGGUGGACGGGGGAGAAGGGAAAAUGGCCACAGGAUGGCAGUGAAGCGCAAUGCUGUUUUUUAUUUUUUAAUAUAUCUUCAGGUUAUUUUCUUACUGUUGCUUAAGAUCUUCUGUAAAAGGAAACGUCCCUUUUCUUUUCUGCCCUCACCUGUCACGGCUCCUUGCAUGAUCACAGGUCUGAGGCCAGGGCCUGGGGCGGGCAGUUGGCGUCCAGAGCAGAUGUGGUUGCAUUCACCCACGGGGGCCUGUGGGCCUCGAGCUUGUCACAGACAUCACCAUUGGCGGAAUUACUUGUUUUGGAAACCGCAUAGCAUUUUUGAGAACACACUAUCUGUCUGGAUGACCGCUCACUAACUGUCUCUCCCGUGUGCGGUCGCCGCAUUCCAGCUUGAUUGGGUGUGAGUCCCAUGGGGCCGGGGGCCUGCUCGCCGUGGACCUGAAAGGUCUACAUGAUGAACAGGGUGCAAGGGCUUUGCUUCAGGAAUCCUACACCUACUGGGCCUUUUUCGAACCAAGGUUCAGGCCACGGUGGCCCGCUGGCUUGGCUGUCCCCAGAGAAGAAACAAGUAAUUUCUGGAGUUACAUGAUCCACCUUCCUCCCAACUUAUGUAGUCCCCUUGUUUUUACAAAUGCAGAAUCUACUCUACUCAGGCUUUGGGACUUUCUUCCUUGUUCUCACUCAGUUAAUUGAAAGUGUUGCCAGCCGCAUGCUCCCAGCUCCCAUCAUUUCAUACCCAGUUUCAUGACCCUCACUUCCGCCCUGUGGUUUUAAUUCGAUGCCACGGAUCGUCGGCCAAAUUUUAAAUUGUGUUUCGAAACACCUUUGCCGUGUCCUUUAAUUGGAUUGAAAGCACUUUUACCACAUGGAGAAAUAUAUUUUUAAUUUGUGAUGCUUUUCUACAAGGUCCACUAUUUCUGAGUUUAAUGCGUUUCCAACACUUAGGGAGACUCUAAUGAAAGCUGAUGAAUUUUCUUUUCUGUCCAAAUAAGUAAAAGAAA